AUGUGUAGAUGUGAUGUCAAGUGUAGUAUAUGCAGUGGGAAACAUCAUAAAUGUAUUCAUGGAAUUCGCAUGUUUGAAAGCGUCCCAAGACCAACAAACCGACAGAGUGUAAACAAUGCGAUGUCGGUAACCACUAGGGUUCAAUUUCAGUUGCUACCUGUAUUGGUUAGAGGAGCUAAUGGACGCUCCGAAUAUACCGUUGCUUUGCUCGAUUCGGCAAGUCGGGUUUCUCUCAUUCAUCCUAAACUUAAAACUAAAUUGGAUUUGCGUGGAUGUCGUAAAAAGCUUAUGUUAACCACCCUGGCGGGAACUGGGAUUUCAUAUGAUUCAGAAGCGGUUGGAUGUUUUGUACGUGACAAAUUAAAUCCCGAUGGCAAAGAACUAGAUCUAAAAUCAGUUUUCGUAUGUGACAAUAGAAUUCCCCACCCUGAAAGACGUCAAACGGAUUUUGAAACUUUCCAUCAUUUACGCGGAAUACCACUCCCUGAUAUUAAAGAAAACGAAGUUAUGUUGCUCAUAGGUGCGGACCAUCCGUUUGCCCACUUUCAACUAGAAAGACGUGUAGGGGGGGAUAACGAGCCUAUUGCUAUUAGAACGCCACUUGGGUGGACUUUGCUAGGUGCAAACAAACGCGCUGGUGAAGUCGACCUAAUUCAGGCCAACUGUCAUUUAUUACACGACGAUUACAAUAUCUUGCAAGAACAAGUUAAGCAGUUUUGGAGUACGGACGCGAUAGGAAUGGUUUACAACAUGAAGCGAGCCGAAUCAGCGGAAGAUCGCGUGGCUGCGGAUAUGAUUAGAGCUAAAACAUCCAUUGUUGAUGGGCAUUAUCAAGUUGGCUUUUUGUGGCGUCACGAUGCUUCCAUUAUGCCGGAGAACAGUCUUAUUGCCCGCACUAGAUUUAAAAAUCUGAAAUAUCGACUUUUGAAAAAUGACUGCCUGAGAGACAUGUAUUGCACGUCUAUGAGGAAAAAUAUCGAACGUGGCUGGGUGCGAAAACUGACCGAUAAAGAACGGGAUACUUUGGGUCCUCGAACUUGGUAUCUGCCCCAUCAUGGAGUUCAGAAUCCGAAUAAACCCGGCAAGAUAAGAAUAGUUUUUGACGCCGCUGCUACAUAUUGUGGAAUUAGUUUAAAUAAUCAGAUAUAUUCGGGACCUGAUCUUAUUAAUAAUUUAAUUGGUGUUUUACUGCGAUUCAGAGAAAGACCCGUUGCAUUGAACGCUGAUAUUGAAGCCAUGUAUCAUAUGGUGCGUCUACCGCAGUCAGACACCGAUUCAGUUCGAUUUUUCUGGCAAGAAGAUCUAAGAUCAACAUCCCCACCUGAUGUAUAUCAGUUUUUAGUAAGGAUUUUUGGUGCGGUCGACUCGCCAUAUGUUGCAAAUUACUGCCUUGAACAAACCGCGCUUGAUAAUACCAGCCAAUUUUCAACGGAAGCAGUAGAAACUGUUCUCAGGGAUUUUUACGUAGAUGAUCUGCUUUCAUCAAAAUGGAAUGAUGACUCCGCCUUUUCCGUCGCACAAGAAGUUUCUAAUAUGUUAGCAAGUAGGGGUUUUCGAUUGACAAAAUGGCUUUCAAAUUCCAAAACAUUAUUGUCGAAAUUUAACACAGAGGAUCGUCUUAAUCCUGAUGUUGAUCUAGAUUUUGAUUGUUUGCCCGUUUCUAAGGCGUUGGGACUUCACUGGAACACUAAUGACGAUGAUUUCUUCUUUAUUUACAAUUCGUUGGCAAAACCUGUUACAAAAAGAGAGGCGCUAAGUGCGACGGCAUCGGUUUUUGACCCUCUCGGAAUUUUAACCCCUAUUAUUUUAACUGCAAAACUACUUAUACGGGAGUGCUGGAGAGAUGACUUGAAAUGGGACGAAAAUUUUGAUGACCGUAGGAAGAAUACUUGGGGCGACUGGACCGAAUCGUUAAAACAAUUGACUAAUUUUCGUGUGCCUAGACAAUAUUUAGGAGUCUCGAAAACCGAUGCCACUUAUGAGCUCCACUUGUUUUGCGACGCGUCUGAACAAGCUUAUGGUACCGUGGCUUACUUGCGUGCCAAGAAAGGCCAGUGUGUGAAUUGUAGUUUUUUGAUGGCCAAAUCAAGAGUCUCCCCGAUGAAACAUAUGUCCGUUCCCAGACUAGAGCUGCAAAGUGCCUUAUUAUCCGCGCGUCUGCUGAAAUUUCUGCGCAAGUCUUUAACCCUGCCCAUCACAUGCGAAAUGUUGUGGUCAGAUUCUACGUGUGUUCUGAGAUAUCUCCGAAACACUAAAACAAGAUUCAAAACAUUUGUUGCAAAUAGACUGCGUGAAAUUCUUGACUACACUGAACCUGCGCAGUGGCGAUAUGUCAAUACCCAAAAUAAUCCAGCGGAUUGUUGUACGAGAGUCAUGCCCAUGAACAAAUUCAUCGAAAGCGAUAACGUGUGGAUAAGCGGACCAAAGUUUUUAUUGUUGCCUGAAUCAUCGUAG